ACGUGUACUAGGGGCCCGCCGGAAGGCGAAGGCCGGCACUGACUUGGCUGGCGUGUGCGGCGCGGAGCCAGCCGGGGCUGCGUCGCCAUGGAGCGGGACGGGGAUCAGCUGUCCGCGCGGCCCGCCCUGGAGGCCGAGGGGCUGCGUUUCCUUCACGUCACGGUGGGCUCCCUGCUGGCCACUUACGGCUGGUACAUCGUCUUCAGCUGCAUCCUUCUCUACGUGGUCUUUCAGAAGCUUUCCACCCGGUUGAGGGCGUUGAGGCAGAGGCACUUAGAUCAAGCUGCCGCUGCUCUGGAACCUGAUGUUGUUGUUAAACGGCAGGAGGCUUUAGCAGCUGCUCGUUUGAAAAUGCAAGAAGAGUUGAAUGCACAAGUUGAAAAACAUAAAGAGAAAUUAAGACAGCUUGAAGAAGAAAAAAGGAGACAGAAGAUUGAAAUGUGGGAUAGCAUGCAAGAAGGAAAAAGUUAUAAAGGAAAUACAAGAAAGCCUCAGUAGGAAGAAGACAGUCCUGGGCCUUCUACUUCAUCAGUCAUCCCGAAACGAAAAUCUGACAGAAAGCCUUUGCGAGGAGGAGGUUACAAUCCUUUGUCUGGUGAAGGUAGUGGAACCUGCUCCUGGAGACCUGGACGCAGAGGACCCUCAUCUGGUGGAUGAGGCUAAGAAUCUUGUUAGUGUCACUUUUGACAUUAGCAAGAUGAAUCCUUAACCCUCAACUCAAUUGCCUUACGCAUGCUUUUCACAGUGAUUGGCUAGGGGGAGGGGCUUUCUUUCUGUUCUUAACUAUACUGAUGACUUCAAAGAUUGAAGGCAGCAUAGGGUGUAGACAUGGCCACUAGACAGUAAUUGCAGUUAGUCACACUGCACUGAAGCCAGUGACUGUUCAUUGAUUUCACAAGUCAUUGUUAGUUGGUAGCUAAGGGCUUCCAGGUGAUUGGUGAUCUUGAUAAAAGAGACCUAGCAAUGAUCCUUCAAGUUAAGAGAUCCUUGCUGGUAGGACAGUCUCUGUGACAGCUUGCGUUGAAUGAUGUCUUCCUUGUAAAUGGUGAACCCACCAGCAAGGAUUACUGAUGCAGACAGUUGAUGGGGUUUUUCUGUAAAUAUUUAUGUACAGAACUGAAAAAAAAAAAAAAAAGACAAGACUGUAAAUAUUAAAAAAAAAAUGCAGAGAACAUUUUCAGUAUCUUUAUUAAAUUUAAGGAAAUUUCUUUAUGAACUUGAAUUUGUCUAUCUAACAUUAUACAGCUUUUUAUCAUUCACAACCUCCCAUUAAUAAGACUUACUUUCUUCUCUCA